AUGGGGAAUAAUCAAUCACAACAAGCUACAACAGCGCCGUCGCUGGCAACGAUGGCUCAAUCUACGGCAAGACUUUCUUCCUCGCGGCAAAUGACCAUGAGUACUAUAGCGUCGCCUAUACCAGCCAUCUCCCCCACAUCUCCUAAUGGAACAUUCACACAGUCGACAUCUUUAAGAUCAGUUUCUACAGAGCAAAUAAUGUCAGCAAUUACACAAGCCGCUGCUCCAGCUGCCGCGCAACCUCAAGGAACAGUAACAAUAGAGGUCACCACAACACAGGCAGCUGCUCCAGCUGCAGUUGAGCCUCAAGCAACGACAACGAUAGAGAUAACCACAACAGAAACCGUCACCGCACAAUCACAAAUGACUUCCUCAAGUAUACCAAGCGAGCCCUCCACUUCCAGCACCAGCACAGAUAAAGGAACAACAGGAACAGCCAAACAAGCAGGGCUAAACUCACCCUCUGAAGACAAACCACCUGCCGCAUCUCCGGCUCUGCAAGGCGCACAACUAGAUCCAAUGAAACCUUCAAUUACCCAACCAAAGGUCGGACCUUUCUCUCCCGUCGCAGCAAUUCUUGGAGGGAUCCCGAAUAAAAACGUCGAUGUACCGAUUACAGUUGUGUUUCUGAUAUUGUUUAUUGUGGGAGCUGCAUCACAUUUCAUCAGACAUGAAAUUAACUCGAAGAGGGGACAUAAGUUUGUUAUCUCGGACAUGAUUUUUGAUUUCUGUAUGGUUAGGAAUGUGACUUGUAUCAUGAGAAUUGUGUGGGCAUUUCGUCCGGAGAAUAAUAGUAUUGUUGUUGCAGCUUUGAUUUUUGAAAAUGCCGGAGUCGUCGUUCUCUUCGCCGUAAACGUAAUUUUCACCCAACGAAUCCUCCGCGCUACCCAUCCAAAUAUCGGCUGGAAUCCCAUCGUCUCGAAAGCUUUCCUCGCGAUCUUGAUAUCCGUCCCCUUUAUCAUAUUCUGGAACAUCAUCUCUCUCACCAUCAGUUUUUUCACUCUCAAUCCUCGCUCUCUUGAAACAACGAAGAACCUCCUCUUAUUUGGUUCAUGCUGGACACUUUUUCUUUCGCUGUUCCCAGCUAUCUUUGUCACUCUUGCUACCGCAAUUCCAUCUUCUACUCCUGUCGAAAAAUUCGGCGCCGGCAGAUUUAGAAUGAAGCCGAUAGUUCUUAUGCUCGCUACUGCACUUCUAGUCACUGGAGCAAUUACACGUCUUCUAGGAGCUGUGAUUGAGAAACCAAUCAGUGCACCUAGUCAUCUAUUUAGCAAACCCGUUUUCUAUACUACUGGAUUUAUGCUUGAGAUUAUAGUUGUGUAUGGAUAUCUAUUUUUACGUGUGGAUUUGAGAUUCUGGGUUCCAAAUGGAACAGGUGGUCCUACUGCUCAAGGAAGCGCAGGAUCAUAUACCGUGAAAUCGGAGGAUGAUGAAGAGAAACUCGUUGAUGGAUCGGGAGAUGAGGGAAAAUUACGCCCACGCUCAAGUCUAUAUGAGAAAUUGUAUGGGAAUGUCGUGAUAGGAUUGGAUACUAAUAUUCCUAUAUCUUCAGCUGAGAAGGUAUCUGCAGCAAUUGCAGAUUUAAGUAUGAGUACUAGGGGAGAGAUUUUCGGAACACAGGUUGAGAGUCCAAGUGAGGAUGUAGUGUUGUAUGCUUUCAGGGUUGGAGGAUCUGAAGAUGGAAUGCCCACGAGACCACCGCGUGCUACUUCUUGGGCGGAAAAAUCAGGAGGUGUAGGGGCUAAUGUUGAAGAGUUUAUGUGA